UCUUUCCGCUCAUGCAGAAGAUGUGGACCCGCGCCUCCACAGGACGGCAUUUUCCGUCUUCCUCCUUUCAUGAUUAAAACUAAACACGAUCUUGCGCGAUUCGCAGGAAAUCAACCGUAUCUUUGAAGAUUUCGUGAAAACUUUUUCCAGCUUUCGUCAAAGAUGAAAUCUUUUUUCCACUACAAAAAACCAAAUGGAGAGAAAACAGAUCCAUAUCCGGUCUUUCUCCUCCUCUUCCUCGACUCGUCAUCUCUUACUGCUUGCUAUCCAUGGCCGCUGUCGCCGCCGAACCUCCUUUCCGCAUCCUAGCCGUCGACGACAACCUCACGGAUCGGAAGCUCAUCGAACGCCUGCUUAAAAACUCUUCGUAUCAUGUCACUGCUGUGGAUUCGGCGAGCAAGGCUCUAGAGUUCUUGGGACUGCUUGAUCAUGAGGCUACUGCGCGGAAGCUUGAUGUGGAUUUGAUAAUUACUGAUUAUUGCAUGCCGGGAAUGACAGGUUAUGAUCUUCUUAAGAAGAUCAAGGAGUCAUGCUUCCUGAAAGACAUUCCAGUUGUCAUCAUGUCUUCUGAGAAUUUUCCUUCAAGGAUCAAUAUGAGAAAGGUACAGAUAUUCACUACUCCACUAACGCUUCAUCUGGCUAAAUUGAGCUUGCUUACUCUGCAGAGGUUGGAGGUUUACUCUUUAUGAUGCUGUCUAGAUAAUGCAAAAUAUCUGAGGGAUUUUUUCAUUCCUUCAUGCUACAUUUAGUUUACUUAUUUAGACUAGGGGAUGGUGUAAAAUGUUUUGCAAUAUUUUUGAAGAAUUAUAUUAGUUAUUUUUGUUACAACUUGCCUUAAUGAGUGGAAGACAUCAAAAUUUUUAAUUGCAAAAUAAGUUUAUGUUGAUUUCUUCUUAAGCUCGCAUAUGUUUCAGCUCUUCAUACCACUCAAAUUUUCACUCUUUUUACACAAAUGCCACUCACCAACAAAGAAUUGCACAUUUAUCAUCCAUUUUCAUAUGUAAAGAUUAGGUAGGUCGAUUUUUUUUUUCUUUUUAACUCACGCACAUGCAUAUAUGUGCUUGGCCUCAAACUCAAAAUUUUGGGAUUGGAGAUAAAGCAUUUAAGCUGCACAAUGAUUAGAUAAGAUUAGGAGUGUCAAAUCCCGUGUGCUGGUCAGGUUUGGGUCUGACCCAAAAUUGAUCCGACUCGAGUAUUAAAUGGGUUAGAGUCUAACAUGUACCUGACUCGUAAUCAACCACACACUAACAUGAAGCUGGCCUUUAUUACUCAUUUAACAUGAGACACAACAGCUAUUCAGGUCAAAUUUCGGUCGAUUUCGAGUCAUUGUAAGGUCAAUUUCUGUUAAUCAUGCUGAUUUUGAGUCAAUUUUAGUUGAGUAGAUUAUUUCCAAGUCAUUUUUGGGUUGGUUGGUGAACUCGAACCUGACUCAGAAAAUUAAACAAAAUAGGAUUUCUAACACAAAGCCAACCCAAAAAUUAUUCCGAUCAACCCAAAAUUGAAUUUUUUUAAGUCAAAUUCAAGUUGGUCAAUUUUUGACACUCCUAGACAGAACAU